ACUCAGAGACAGGAAGUCUGAUUUCAUUUCACGCCGUAAAAGUCUUCUUGCGACCCAAACGUUACCUGGGCGUUGAUAAUGUGUCCAUGAGAGGACUGUCGUGACUGCAAGCAAGGACAAAUCACAAAACAAUCAACCAAAAAUAAUAUUUAACAAAAUGACUCAUCCCUAAGCAUUAUUGCGCAACUGUUAGUUUGCCGUGUAGAGUGACAGACGAAAAGGAAGUUGAUAGGCAACAAGCUAUCUAUCUAUCGCUAGAUAUGUUAUCGAUAGCUAGCUAGCAAGGUAACUUUACAGCCUGUAACAUCGCAUAUUCUUCAAACGGUCGGAGUUGCCCGGGCAGUAAACUUCACUGUAGUUUGCUAGCACGCUAAGGUAGGGUAACGUUAACGUUAUUGUAUUGAUAAUGGUCACUAGUAUUCAUUAUUAGCGUUUGUUGGCUGCAUACGCUUAGUUUGGCAAUCAGGGCUAUAAGUAACACCGGUUAGAUAAUGAGAGCUAACACCAAACGUCAUUAGUUAAGUUAGGAUUCGUAUCUAUGUAAACAUAAGAUCCACUGAGGCCAUGCGGUUUCAUAAACGUGUCUAUUCAUCCAAAUUGUGAUACAGCAGUGUUAAAUUCAACAAACUAACCAUUUUUUUUAGCUGUAAGUAGCUAAUGUUAAUUAGAUUGAUGCCGUUAGAACUUGUGAGCUAGGUUACUGUGAGUGACAGUUAUAUGUGUUAGCAGGAGAGACACGAAUGAUGUUGCUACUUUAUAACCGAAGUCAAUAUUUACCUGAAACGCUGAGCAAAUCACUAGUCCUUGUGUAUACCAAAGAUAUAGUGUGCUGUUCAAAUUUCAGAGCCUCGUGCUCAUUCCAGACUGAAUGUUUAAUUCUAACAUGUAACUUGUUAUUUGUAGACAAGGUCGUCAUGACACACUGCAACAUAUUUACUGGAGCUGCACUUCUAAUGAUCUCGGAAAACUUUGUAACAAAGGCUCUUCUACAGAACCCUAUCACUUGCUGUGGGUCCAUGCAGAGAAGCAAUGAAAGCUGUAUGAAUGCCACUCAUUGUGAUUCAGGCUGCCAUUUACACGUUCUGGAGAACAAUACCUCAAUGUGCUUAUCCUGUGACUCAGCAGUUCCAGAACAAGGCGCCCUCACAGUCUGCAACCACACAAGGAGCAAUGUUACCACAAAAUCUACAGUUAUUAACCUUGGUGGGCCAGGUGUGGCAGCCUCACUCCUCCUCGGGACACUGCUGAUCAGUCUCUUCCUGAUCCUAUCUGUUGCCUCCUUCUUCUACCUCAAGCGCUCAAACCAGCUGCCUGGGCUUUUCUACAGGCGUAACAAAGCAUUCAUAUUCCAGCCCAGUGAAACGGCGGUUAUGAUGCCUUCUGCUGGAGCUUCAGUAAGGAAACCCAGAUAUGUCAGAAGGGAGCGACCAUCUGCUGCGUCAGCCUCGAGCAGUGCCACUGUGUCCACAGGACCAGUCACUAGGAUUCACAAUGUGUGAUCAGCCCACUGAAGUCUAAUGAGAGGUCCUGAUAGGAAGGGCCUCUCUGUUUCGGGUGUCUUAUGGAGACGUGUUCCUUUCUUGUCCAAUUGCUUAAUUGUCCUCUCCACUGUCAGAAAUGUCCCAUUGACACUGAAUUCUGACCAAAAACCAUGUCAUCCACCAGUUCUCAUUUUAAUGUACCGGUAUGUACUUGAUUUUAAUGCUCAAUGAUGCAUAAGAGCUGCAGUUAUUUAUUGAUACUUAUCAUGUUUCCAUUCCUUUUUCCUCUGUGUUUAAAACGCAACACCAUUUGGUUUUGGUGCAGCUGUAGCACUUUGAGUUAUUUAUCUCGUGAUUAGCAGAUUAGCAUUGUGUUUUUGUCACUAGCUUAUUGUUCCCUCUUGUUUUGUAUUGUGUUGUUGUUGUAGCAGUAAACCAAAAUGAAUUAUAGUGCCAAGUUUGCACAACAUUUGAAUCACAUGUGAUGCACUGAAGUGACCAAAAACCGUCCCUCUGCACAGGUCUCCAUAGAUCGAUCAAGAACACUCAUUGUGCAGUGGACAAAAUGUCUCUGAUGAAUUAUAGCCAAAAUAAUAUUAAUGUUAAUAAUCAUGUCCCGAUGAAAAAGAUUCCAUACACCUGCAUGCGGCCCAGUGCCAAUUGAAACGGACACAUUUCCGAUGUAAGCCAGUACGCAUGCAAUUUGAGGUGAGAGCAGAGAGGAUGCUCACACUGUCCUCCACUGUUGAAACCGAUGGUCCAUUUGUGCCUAUAUUGGUAAGCCAUUACAUAUCCACACCAGCCUUACAUGCAUGUUAAGAAAGGUUUGAACUUUCAGUGAGGCUGUUCAGUCAUAUUGCCUCAAACAUUGGAACUGUGACUAUUUCCUGAGCCCUCCAGUGUAUCUCCAUUAACUACAGAAUCUUGAAAGCAUUUAGUCUUGAGCGGUCAGCCAAUGGAAGCGUUACAUAUGAAUGAUAGCUGUGUUUUCUCUUACCAGAUGGCUUUGUCUUGUUUGUCAGUAGUUGAAAAUAGCACUUUUUAAUGCCAAUCCUGUGCCAAUGAAGGUGAUAUGCACUGUUUGAAAACUUCAUGGAAGGGUUGUGUAGGCUCCGGAUGUGUAUUCCUCCUUGUGUUUUUUUUUUUUGCUGAAUCAUGUUUCUUAAUUUGAAGUUUUUCACAAAAUGAUAUGGCUUUUGAAAAGUGAUUGUAUCUUAUCUUAAUUUCUGGUUCACUUAGUUGGUCUUCCUUUCUUUUUCUCUUUAAGUUGGGUAUUAUUAUCAGUAGAGGUAUGUUGCCUGAAUAAUGGCCAAUGGUACGACGGGGAUGUACCAACCAAAAUUGAAUGAUGGCUUUUCACUUAGGUUUAGUUUGUAUCUCAUUGGUCUUUAUCUUAGCUGUUGUACAGCCAUCAGGAAUCCUGUACAAUUGUACAUGGUCUUUUUUUUUUUUUUUUUAAUGAGGUGAUGAGUGGGUUUCAUUUUUAAUGUAUUGUAUUUUGUAUGAUUGAACGCUGAUUAUUUGGAUUAUUAGGUGAUUCUGAAAAUUGUCACUAGCAGUAAGAUGACAAAAAUAAAGUAAUAAAGUA